UUAAACCGAGUUUGACGGAGUUUUGUUUUGGGGUUCUUUCAACAACAUGGAUGCGCCCAUGGUUUGAAUACGUGUCAACUUAACAUUUUUACUGUUUUAUAAAUAAAUGGAUGACACAUUUUAGAAAAAGUACCCAUGGCGUUUACAAGCACAAAGAAAGCUCUGCUGGCGGUGGGUCUGGUAUGGCUAGGUGUGAUGUUCUGUCUCUGGUUCCGGGACACAGUUCACCUUGACAGACUUCUGGAGCUAACACAGCGAUCUCAGAACAAUGACAGUCCUCCACAAUCUGGCAAGUUUGAAGCAAAAGCCUUUCAAAUGGCCAGAUUUAACAAGACGAAACUGGAACAAGACGAUGUUGUGCAUGUGUGUAUAACGUCUGAUGAGAAUACACUGGGUGGAAUGGUGGCCCUUAUCAACAGUAUAGACCAGAAUACCCAUCAUCCCAUCAUGUUCCAUCUGGUGGUGGACCAGAAUAGCCUCACUCAUAUCAAAACCUGGCUGGAGGGUUCUCGUCUCCAUGACAUCAUGUAUGAGGUGAUAGCCUUCCAAGAGGAAUGGGUGCGCGGAAAGGUGAAGGUUCGCGGGGGAAGACCGGAACUUGCUGAUCCUAUGAAUUAUGCCAGGUACUAUUUCCCACAACUGUUUCCAGAUCUGCAUGGAAGAAUUGUGUUUAUAGAUGAUGACUCCAUCGUACAAGGUGAUGUGUAUGAUUUAUUCAAAAUGACAAUCAAGCCUGAUCACUGGGCAACAUUCGCUGAGGACUGCACCGGUUCUGCUAAAAGGAUAACCAUGAUGCAGAAUCACUACGCUGACUACAUUGACUUCAAGAAUAAGCAUGUACAAGAGUUGGGCAUAAGCCCAACAGAGUGCGCCUUCAACACAGGCGUGUAUGUCACUGACCUUGACCUUUGGAGAAAACACAACAUCACAGAGAAACUGGAAAAGUGGCUUGUUCUUAAUACACAGGAGGAGGUAUAUGGCAAUGAGAAGGGAGGGGGCGGGUCCCAACCCCCUAUGAUGCUGGUCUUCUACAAGAAAUACACCCCCCUGGACCCCAGCUGGAAUGUCCGAAACCUUGGAAUAGGUCGGGGCAAUAUGUUUACCAAAAGUUUUCUACAGCAAGCCAAGCUGUUACAUUGGAGUGGUCGGGUUAAACCCUGGGAUCGAUCUGCACAACACUCAUAUUUCUGGGACAAAUACUUCAUCAAGGAUCGCACCGAAAAGUUUGUCCCCAUCAGGAAAUCAUAAAAUACUCCAGAAACUUGUUUUCAAUACUCUAGGCUCAAUGCAUUUGCUUUUAUAAAAAUAAUAGUCUUCCUGUCACGGUUGAGUUACAUGUGUUUUCACAGAAAUACCUAAUAUUGACGCUUUUAGAUAAGACUUUUCUGUUUUAUUACGUGUCUUUUUUAUCAAAUCUGAUGUAUUUAACUUCUAUAAAAAAAAUCUAAGAAAACCAGUCAUGUUAUAAUAACAUUGGUGGCAGUGACAGCAUUAAAACAAGUUAAUUUAAUUUUUUCCAUAAACAUUGUUAAACUAGUAAUCCAAUCCACCUGUUGAUAAGUAUUAAGGCAAAACUUGGCCAUAACUCAAUAACUGCUCUCAAUAUUUGCCUCAAACUUUGGACAUAUGUAACUAUUGACAAUGUGAAAGGCCCACCACCAGACAAGUGUUAGCAUCUGGUAGUGGUGCUCAUGUUUGCACUUUGUACUAGCUAUUACAUAGCAAGUGUGUUUGACUGUGUUUGCUGAGAAACUGGUUGAUAAAUGUUCAAUAUUUAUACAUCUGAAGUGCUAUUUUGGGGAACUAUCUGUAUACAUGUGUGUUGAAAUUGUGUCAUUUUUGUAAUAAUACCAUGUUUAUCAUUAUUGGUGCUUAUUUAUAAUAAAUAUGCAAUAGUGUGCCAUAACCUAGGGUUUCAGCUAAUGAGUUUAGAAGCAUGCUGCACCCUGUCCUUUUUGAUAACACCCUUCUGCCCUCAUCAUGACUAGCAUGCGCACUUUUCUGCCUUCGUAGAAUGAAAUGAUUAAGAUAAACCAAUAUUUUUUUAAUUUUGUUUUAAAGCAUAUUUUAUGAUUAUAGAUACAUAACUUUAUAUUUGUGGCUGUUGAAACCUUAAAAAAUACUUAAAUAAAACAUAUUUAUAAUAUUUUCUGUCAAGUUUAUAAUAUUUAAGCUCUUCACAGCCUGAUACAAUGUGCACCUUCCACCCUUAGCACACUGCCAUUUUAGAACCUGGCUAAACCUAACAUUAUCGAAACAACAUAAUGCUUGAGGUUUAUCAUAAAAUGAACAAAAUGAAAUGUUUGCAUGUCUGUGAUGAACACCUGUGUAUUAAAGGUCACUGUAUAUUGGAUAUAUGAAAGCAUCACAGGAUGUUUGGCAAACAUCUACCUACAUUAAAAUGAGUUAUUUAAUAUUGACACAAUAUUAUAAAUCAUUUUAUUCUCUGAUGCUCUUACAGUGAUACUAUUAUACUUUUUUCUUAUGAACUCCAGCGAUGUGACACGCAGAAUGGCAGUAUGCAUGCAUUAACUGAUAGAUAUUAUUGUACUGAUAACUGAUAAGCCAUUCUCAUGUGAUGAGAUGGAUAAGUCAAUAAAAAUGGGCAUUUUUACUUUACAAUAGUUGGACAACAAAUGGUGCAUGCACCCAUCUAGUCAAUUAUUAGACUCAUUUCAUGUCUGUAAUUAUUUAAGCUGUGUUUAACUGUUUACAAGAUGACUUAAGGAUUCACUUCUGAUAUGUUGAUAUUUUUUAAAUGCCAGAUUAUUUUUGUAUUUCAUGUGCGAAGUGCAUUACCUGGCAUUUGUAUGUAAUUUACUGGUUAGAUCUGUAUGAAAUGUUUACAUGUAUUUCAUUUCUUUAGAAAGAUUUUUUCCGUCCAAAUUUUCUUAAAUUCCUUUUCAAUGCAUAUAUACCUAUGUGGAAGUAGGAAUAAAAAUGCAAAUUCA